AACGGGAUAGAAUAAGAACAUCGCACGCAACAUGGCCGUCAAGUUAUCUCGAGUUAGAGCAAAUUCAGAAGUAUUUUGUAAAUUAUUUCGAAAACGAAUCCAUUUUAGGGAUUAUUCCAGACUGGCCGAAGUUGGACGUUUUGAAAUUCCGAAACUACAGGGAAAGUAUUCCUCGGGACAGCCAUUUCUUCAUCGUAUAUUUGGCUACCGUGGAGUCAUUUUAUUUCCUUGGCUUGCUAGACUGUAUGAUCGUGAUCUUGAAAAGCCUGCACUUUCUCAAAGUGAAAAUGAAGAAAUAGAAGGAUUGAAAGGUCAAACACAGAUUUACUAUCAGGUUUUGAUGGACAACAGAGAUUCCUAUUUUACUAGAGCACAAGUUGAAUCGGUCACAUUUUUGGGUAAUGAAAAAGAUGGUUCACUCUAUGCAAUACCUGGUUUAGAUUAUGUAAGCCAUGAAGAUAUUCUUCCAUACAUGCCCAGUGAACCAAAGCCAAUCAAUCAUGAAUUAUUUGAUCGUUUCUUUACACCAUCUUAUGGCAAAGGUCAUAUUGCUCUAGACACGUUAAGAUUAUGGCAUGAAAAAAAUCACAAGUGGCUGGAACUGUCUGAUGUUCAUCGAGAAACAACAGAAGACAUCCGAGUGACUGCCAUUCCAUUUUACAUGGGAACAAGGGAAAUGCAAGGUGUUCCUAAUUAUUGGUGGCGUUAUUGUAUACGGUUGGAAAACCUUGGCACCAACCCAGCACAGUUGAGGGAAAGAUUUUGGAAAAUUUUUAGUCUGUCUGGAACAUUAGAGACGGUGCGAGGACGAGGUGUUGUUGGGCAGGAACCAAAGCUAACUCCUCAACAAAGUGCUUUCCAAUACAGCAGUCACGUAUCACUUCAUGCUCCUAGUGGCCAUAUGUGGGGAAUUUUUCGAUUUGAAAGACAGGAUGGAACUAUGUUUGAUGUGAGGAUACCGCCAUUUUCUCUUGAGAGUAAGGAUCAUGUUGGUGAGCUUUAGUUUUGAGUUCAGUAAUAUGUUUGUGGUAGGUAUUGCUAAACAUGUAGCGGCUACCAUGUCAUGCAACGCUCCAGCAAUAUCUGCUCAUGUAUACAUAGUACAAAUAAAAUACAACAAUCUUAUGUAGAAACUAAAGAGUUAUGUCAAAAUGCCUCAGUAAGUGGCAUUUGUCAUUCUAUGAUGAAAUGCAGACGUUGUGCUAAAUUAUAUCCAGUGACACAACACAAUUUUGUUAUUGAGUAAUUUAAUAUUUGUGUUAUAGUAAUUUAGUUUUGAUUUUCAAACAUAUUUUUUAAUUUUAUCAAAACAAGUAUAUAGCAUUUAAUAUACAAUUAUAUUCUGAAAUCAGUAA